GCCCCAGCCUCUUCUCAAGGGGUCUUCAUCAUAAGCACGCAAGCCGAGUUGUUCGUUAAAGAGUGAUCCCCGCCGCCAUGGCGUCGGCCGAUGGGCUAUCGGCGCCCGGGUCGUCGACAUAUGCGUCAGACACGCUGGUCGUCGGAGAUGGAACCUGGGACUUCACCAAGAAUACCUUCCUGUUGCCAAAUCUGGUUGGGUUGAACUAUGAGACUAUGCGAUACAAUGGCAUGGGUAAUCGCUUCGCGACUGUGGAGCAAUACCAUCAAUUGGUUAUUGGCCAUGGCAUUCUUGCUGUCAUCACCUUUCUCUUCCUCGUACCCAUUGCUAUUAUCUACGCAAGAUUCAGACCGUUCGGCUCUUCCGUGCGUCUACACGCAUACCUGCAAGUCCUUGCCGUUGGUCUCACUACGGUCGUUUUCAUACUCGGGUGGUUCGCGGUCGGCCCAAACCGAAGCUUGACGAACCCACAUCAUGGAAUCGGAGUCGCCAUUUAUACUAUGAUUCUUGUUCAGAUCGUCGGGGGUCGCUUGGUGAAGAAUAUUCGCAGGAGGUCAUUUCGACUAAUGCUCCAUCGUUGGCUGGGAAGAGCUGUUGCCAUCCUAGGAAUUAUACAGAUCCCCUUAGGACUUACGCUCUACGGAUCUCCCUUGUAUACCUUUAUUUUGUUUGCUGUGUGGAUGGCAAUUCUAUUUGUCACCUACUUCUUCUUGGCAUGGCGACAUGAAGCUGAGCGCCAUCCCGAUGACGUGACGAAUUACGGCGGACGUUCCGAAAGUGGAGUCACAACAUCAGAAGGCAAGUCUAGACGAGGAAUGGGAUGGCUAGGCCCGCUGGCCGCAGGGGCUGGUAUCUUGGCCCUACUACGAGGGAGAAGAGACGAACCAACAGAUCAGACUAAAAGCCGCAGUAGCCUACCGAGCAGCCGUGCCCGCCCUCCUGAGGUAAUUCCAUCUCAGGGAGGCUCCGACAGCUACGCGGACGAGAAAAUAUCCGGUAGAACUAAUCGCCGCGAAGGUGGUAUAAUGAAUUCAUUGCUUGGUAUACUCGGACUUCUCGGAGCAGGGGGGUUGGUCAAAGGAGUGAAGGAUAGAAGAGAGAGGCGAAGACACGACGAUGAAGAAUAUUCGGCAGUUCCGACAGACACACCCAAUCGCCCGAACCGGUUCCGAAAGCCCGCAACUGAUCAGUAUACGGAGAGUGACUUUAGUGAUGACCGGACAGACCUUCACGCCGGACCCAGACUGCAUACUCCUUUACUGCCAGGUCCUAGAAACCCUGCCGCAACUACUGUGCUAAGUGGUACAGACACAGAGCCGAUGACACCGCGCCCACUACAUUCUCGACCAACUAAUACACAUGCAGAGAGUAGCUACAUCUCAGAUUAUUCAUCAUAUGUGGAUCCAGCAAGGCGACAGCGGGAAGAGGAAGAGGAGAACAAAGAUGAGAAGGGCAUUCUUGGACUUCUUGGGCUAGGCUGGUUGGCUAAGAGGAUGAAAGGCCAAGGAGACAACAAGAGAGAAGAGGAUGAGCGGCGAAGAAUGGAAGAUGCCAGACGAGAUGGACGUCGCGGCUCGAAAUACACGGGUGAUGGUUAUAGCACGCCAACGAGGUCAACUCGAAGCCGACCACCAGCAGCUUCCGCUCCAACCGCUACAUCAUUCACUGUCGAUUCAGGAUCAUCCAUGCUUGAAUCUCGUCCUCCCGGUACAAGUACUCUUGGUCCGCCAAUGCCUCCCCUUGGCGCGGGAAGCAGGCCACCUCCAGUGUCGGUUUCACUGCCGAGUUCACAAUCGCGUUCACGACAUUCACGGUCAAGGUCAAGGUCAAGGGCAAAGAGUGAUGCUGUAACCGAUCCUGUCUCGAUGCCGUCGAUGCCGCCAGAUCCCCAUGGUCUGCUUCGUCCGCUACGCCCAGAGUCUGUUAGUGUUAGUGACUCUUUCGCCUCUACGCAGAGUGGGACACAGAGCGGGAUGCAGAGUGGGAUGCAGAGGAGGCCUUCAGCACACCGCCGUAGGGAGGGAGAAGAAGCCGCGGCGGCGGCUGCUGCUAGCGCAGCGGGUCUAGCUGCCGAGGAAGAUCGUCGCCGAGACACCAGCCAAGUUUCCGGCCAGCCCGUCAGUGUGAAAGUACGAUACCACGACGACAGAGACAGGAAGAUAACAUUGCGUCGUCUUACCGAAGAAGAGACGGCAGCAGCGGCUAGGCGUCAUAGCCGAGGAAGAUCGGAUUCGGUCAGCAGUCUUUCGGAGAGCGAGGCACCGACUGCCCGUCGACAUUAUCGACGUGAUUCAAGCUCGCACAAAACGGCGGACGAAACAGCAGCGGAAGGAUUGGUUUCUCAGUCAUUAUCUCCCCCAAGCCCUGCUUUUACCAAGGGUCGACGAGCAGGGAAAGACUCGGCGUAUUAUUCCGGUCAACCAGGACCUUCGGCCAGAGUUCCUUAUCCUGACCCGACUGUCUCUAGUAUAGUCACGGAGAGUCAGAAUGAAUGGAGCGCACUGAGUCCUUCACCUAGCGGACCAACAGUAGGACCGGUGGAGUCAUCCAUCCAAUCAGCUGCAGAUCGAAGACGACGAAGACGCCAGGAAAGGAGAGAUCAGAGACCCACCAAUACUGUGGAAUUCAGCUAACAGGUUGGCGACUGACGACACUCAUUCAUUGCUCGGUGUUUUGGCGUAUACUUUGAACAACUUGAAUUCGACUCGGAUAUGAAAUUGAAUUUUCUCCUUAUGGAACAUAGAUCAACGACGACGGAACUCUACCUCCACGGGGGACUACGACGUGUGGAAAUAAUCAUGCCUGAUGAAAAAAAAAAGAAAGAUUUGAUGGGUUGAGGAGGGUUUUAGUCUCUUCCUUAUUCCAUUGCAUGAUAUCUCGAGAUAUCCAACGAGUUGUAUUUCCUCGUACGUGUUGGUGUAUUGUACUGGAUGAAUAUAACAGAAUGACGAUGGUGAUGAUGAGGAUGAUGAGAAUGGCGGGAGAUGCCAGGUUGAAGAAAUAAAUGAGGUGUACUAUUUUUCUAGUUUGAUGAGUAGAUGCCCUGGUACAUAGACACAUAAAUGUCAAGUUGAUGUUGGACUUGAAGUUGAACUUUCUAGUAGU